UUCAUCCUCGGGCCAGCCCUGCAGGCAUGUCUGUCCUUCAUUGGUGAGGAAGGUGUCACACUGGACUUCAUAGCGCUGAAGCUCAACAUGUACACCACCCCAGCGUUACUGGCUGCAGUGUUCGGCCUCAUCAACAUCCUGCUCGUCGUCAUUCUGCUGAGAGAGCAUCACGUUGAUGAAGAUGGAAGGCACAUUCAAUCUAUCAACUACACAUCAGAAGAGAGAGUUGAUAUUUCAGAAGAAACUGUUGAAAGCAUCGAUCAGGUGGCUGUCAUGACAUCCAACAUCCUGUUCUUCAUACUCUGUUGUGAUUUUGUGUUUUUCUUCAGAAUUACCACGCCCUUAUCUAUGGACAUGUUUGCCUGGACAAGGGAAGAAGCUGUGCUGUACAACGGGAUCAUUCUCUGCUGCAUCGGAUUUGUAUCAAUCUUGGUGUUUCUGGCUGUAAAAGUGGCUGCUCUUAGAUUCGGAGAUCGGCCUGUGUUGUUAAUCGGCUUGGUCAUUAUUUUCUGUGGCUUCUUUAUUCUUCUUCCAUGGGGAAACCAUUAUCCUAAAAUCCAGUGGGCAGACAUAAAAAACAACUCCUUUGUGACUCAGAUGCCUGACCUCAUUCCAGCCCCGAACAGUACUGUGGAGCCAACGGGGUGUCCCAUUGAACAAACCUGGUGCCAGUAUACUCCUGCUAUACACAUAGCUCAGUUCUUCUCAGCGGACUUCCUCAUUGGAGUGGGAUACCCAGCCUGCAAUGUGAUGUCCUACACACUGUAUUCCAAAAUCCUUGGACCCAAACCUCAGGGUGUGUACAUGGGCUGGCUGACGGCGUCGGGCAGCGGGGCACGGACACUCGGCCCGGUCUUCGUCUCCCAUGUCUACACCCACCUGGGACCUCGCUGGACCUUCAGCCUCAUCUGCGGCAUGGUGGCAGGAGCCAUCAUCCUCCUCAUCUUGGCCUACCGCAGACUCAUUGCCUUUUCUGUUCGCCAUGGAAGGAUUGUAGAGUAGCAUUGAUGGAAACUGAUCGCUGUUUGUUAUACUUGCUUUCAGCACAUAAGUCCUGGCCAUCAUGACAACCUUCUGUCGCUGCCCCUUUGAAAAGUGGGGAUGGAUAAGCUUUUAAAAGUUUUUAACUCAGGGUUUUGACUUUUUAACUCUUGCAAAGACAGUUUUUUAUAACAUGAUCGAAGACCGCUGCUUCAUGAUUUAUAAAGGAGCUAAAACUGCAGUGAGCACGAAGCUCACUUGUUGGGAAAGAAAACAUGACAGAAGUGUGUCUUUGAGUGAUGAACAUAAUUACACAUGCAUUACAUCAUAGAACAUUACAUUUGACAUUUUUAACAUUUCCUGCUAAACUCUUUUUCUUAAUGGAAAAAAUACUGAUAUUAUUUUUCCUUCUGUUAAUGGCUUAACCUGUAGUUGUUUAAAACUGCAAGUUUUUGUCUAUUGGAAAAUAUUCAGAAAUGUCUGGGUGGGUGCGGGUGUGUAUGGUAACAAUAAACUGAAUAAUAAAUAAA